GUCCAAAUUAGAGCCGUGAUAAUAUUUUCCACUCAUCCUCUGGCCUUUUGUCCAUGGCAGAAAGCUUAAUGGGAUGAGUGGAAAAUAUUAUCACAUGGCAGAAAGCUACUCUUCUCAACUUCUCGAUGCCAUGGACCGUCUUUGGUUCCACCAAAUCAUUUUGUCGCCCGAACCAACUUCAGUACUUAGUUCUAGUAAUGCCUUACAAUCAUGUACUAGUUCAUCGUCGGAAUCUUGUCAAUGGGAGGGGGAUGUUGUAUCAUCAAGCUCUUUCUCUCAGAAGGAUUGCAAUAAUGAAGUAGAAGACAAGAGACAAGAUGAUGGUGAUGAUAAUCGUCUUGGGAGGGAAAGAUUAUCAAGGAAAAAUUUGAUUAGCAAUAAAAUUAGGUCACAAUCGUCCUCUCCAUGGAUUGAAAGACCAAGAAAGAGUUCAAGUCUUUUGACGAAUGCAGGCCUUAAAUUGCAAAAAUUCUUAAGUUGUAGCAGAUUGCAUGAUCUUGAGCUAGAAGAGUUGAAAGGGUUCAUGGAUUUAGGAUUCCAAUUUGAAAUGGAUCAACUUAACCCUCGAACUGUGAGAGUAAUUCCGGCCUUGCAAAGAGUUGAUGAAAAGUAUGGAACGAGCACGCUUGGUGAUAUAGAACCUCAAACCAAAGAGAAAAAGAACAAAGUUGUGGAGCCAUAUUAGUCUGAAGCAUGGACGAUAAAGAGACCGGACUCGCCGUUGCUAAGGUUGAGAAUGGCAAGGGUUUCUAGAGAAGAAGAGCUGAGAGAAUGUCUUAAGCUUUGGGCUAGAACUGUUGCAUCAACUAUGCAAUCUGAUUAGUUUUCCAUCUGUUUAUUUUUAAGUGUAUCUAUUGACUUGCACAUAGUUUUGACUUUAUUAAAAUAAUAUAUAAACAAGGUUUGUUGGAAAAUUAAAAAAUUAUUAAAAGAAGAUAGUGGGUGAAUAAUUUACUUGAAAGUGAUGGAAAAAGGAAAUAUAAAAAAGUAAAAGUGGAAAUUAUGGGUGGAGAAAGGUAUUUAACAAUGCAUAAAAGCUUUAAUUUCCAUUUUUUAGAGUUGUUG